CCAGCAGCUCGGAGCUUCAUGCCGUCUACAGGAGCAUGAACCGAGCCCGGACGCUUCUCUGUGUGGUUGCUGCUGCUUCGUUAGCGAACCUGUAGUGAUGACAGCCUGAGCCGGUUGUGUACAAACCCCUUUUAAAGCAACCAGACUGAGAAUAACAACAGGAACUGCCGGAUGAAGGAGCGAUCACAGGAUGGCAGGAGUGUUCGACAUCGACUUGGAGACUGAGGACAUCAGUGACGCAGAGGACGAUGUCUGUGACUUCACUGUGGCAGAACCUGAGAAUGUUCAGACCGAGGAGGUGGAGUUGACCAGUGAGAGUGUCAACAGGGACAGCGAGCGGGUCGGACCCGACUGCUUCGAGCUGCUAACUGUGCUGGGAAAAGGAGCCUAUGGCAAGGUUUUCCAGGUCAGGAAGGUUCAAGGUGCCCAGACUGGGAAAAUAUUUGCCAUGAAGGUCCUGAAGAAGGCUAAGAUCGUGUGUAAUGCCAAAGACACGGCCCAUACGCGAGCAGAGCGCGAGAUCCUGGAGACGGUGAGACACCCGUUCAUCGUGGACCUGCUGUACGCCUUCCAGACCGGAGGAAAACUCUACCUCAUACUGGAGUGUCUGAGCGGAGGGGAGUUGUUCAUGCAGCUGGAGAAGGAAGGCAUCUUCAUGGAGGACACCGCCUGUUUUUAUCUAGGAGAGAUCACGUUGGCCCUUGGUCACCUCCACUCCAACGGGAUUAUUUAUCGAGACCUGAAACCUGAAAACAUCAUGCUCAAUCAUCAAGGACACAUCAAGCUGACUGACUUUGGCCUCUGCAAGGAGUCGAUUCACGAUGGAACCGUCACACACACCUUCUGUGGCACCAUUGAGUACAUGGCUCCAGAGAUCCUGACCAGGUCAGGUCACAACAGAGCAGUCGACUGGUGGAGCCUCGGGGCGCUGAUGUACGAUAUGAUGACUGGAUCGCCUCCGUUCACAGCCGAAAACAGGAAGAAGACCAUCGAUAAGAUCUUGAAGUGCAAACUCAAUCUACCCCCGUAUCUGACCAUCGACGCCAGGGACCUCAUCAAGAAGCUGCUGAAGAAGAAUCCAGCCCAGAGACUGGGCUCCAGUAAAGCAGACUGCGCUGAUAUCCAGAAACAUCCGUUCUUCAGGCACAUUAACUGGGACGAGCUGCUGAACAAGAGAGUGGAGCCGCCGUACAAGCCACAGCUGCAGUCGGACGAGGACGUGAGCCAGUUUGACACCCGGUUCACCAGACAGACGCCCGUGGACAGUCCAGACGACACCUCGCUCAGCCACAGCGCAGAGCUGGCCUUCGCUGGCUUCACCUACGUGGCUCCGUCGGUCCUCGAGAGCUUAAAAGAAGGUUUCUCAUUCGAGCCCCGAACGCGACCUGUACGCCGACACAACAGCAGCCCACGCACACCCAUCAGUCCUCUAAAGUUCUCCCCGGCCGGACCCUUCAAGUGCAGCAUUGACGGAGAGCCGGACCUGUUCUCCCCCACUUCUCCACCAGCGGCUCCGUUUCGGGUUCCGCUGGAAAACGGAGCCGCCAGUCAGCCGAUCAAAACGCCCGCGAGGAACAAGAAGCAGAAGGGACACCGGAGAUGAGGGAGAAACCGGGUCAGGUUCACAGGUUCUGUAGCGUGCAGUAAGCGUAGAUGCAGAGGAGGUGAAGGGGUUUUGCUGGAAUCGUGCUUUAAGUUUGAGAAGCCAGAACCAUCAGCGGGAAGCUGUCAGUGUUUUUUUUGUUUUUUUUCCUCUCAUAUCUUACAUCACAUCGUAGAAAGUGAAUGUAGACACAGCUGCUGGGGCUUACUGUCCAGCACCUUCUGUUCUUUGUUACGACUCUCUCCAGGUACGCCACUUUACUCAGAGCUCACUGGAUCAACGGAGGGCUUUUACACUUUUACAGAAGAACCUCAGUUUAAAGCUUUAAUUUACAGCUUCGUACACAUACGCCCGUCAGCCACAACAUUAAAACCACUAUCGUGUCCCUUUUGAUUGGCCGAAGCCUCCACAGACCCUGAAGGUGUCUUUUGUGGUAUCAGGCAACAAGACGGAUCCUUUAAAUCCUGUAAGCUGCGACGUGAGGCCUCCAUGAUUGGACUUGUUUUCCGGAACAUUGAACAGAUGCUCGAUUGGACUGAGAUCUCGAGAAGUUGCAAGUAGACAACUCAAGCUCUUUGUCAUGCUCCUCGAACCCCUCCUGAGCAGUGUAAAGACAAUCAUCCUGCCGAAGAGGCCAGUGGGGCAUAUCACAGCUGUGGAGGGGCGGACAUGGUCUGCA